AUGCGCGUCGGCAUGGACGUUGACGGCCUGUGCGAGCACGCAUCGUGGUUGGAUGGCCUGCUGCGUCUCGACCCGCGCGGCGGGUUCUUCGACCACAUCGACGUCGCCAAGGGCUUCUACGGCAUCAUGAAGGCGCCGGCGGAGAACGUGACGAGGGUGAGGGCGAUCUCCAGGGCGACGGGCUACCCCGUCGACGGGCUCCACGACUACUGGGCGCUCAAGACCCGCGUCAUGUUGUCGCACCUGAGGAUCAAGAAGAAGGAGCGGGAGCUCACCAGCACUGCGAUCGAGAAAGCGCAGCCCGAGCUGAGGUCGAUGCUGUCGCUGAUCUCGAGGCCCUCGCCGUCGCCGCCCGCCAAGCCCAGCAGAUCAGCAGCGCAGCAGGAGCCAGUCCAGAACCCGUUCAUCAACUACAGGGUUCCCGAGCUGUUCACAAGCCCUCCUCAGACGGGCGCCGGCUUCGGGAGCUCGUCGGUCCUGGACUCCGACGGCGACGAUGACGACGAGGACAAUCAUCCGAUCUUCUGCCACUUCGAUGGCCGUGCCAUCCAGCUCGUGCUCUCCAACGGCUCGGCCAGAGAAGCUGAAUGGUUUCGGGUGAGUGGUGACGGCUUCGUGAUGGGCGUGUGGGACUCCGUGAAGGGCGCCGACGGCGAGCCGUACUCGUGGGAGUCGGAGCUGUCGGCCGACUGGCUCGGAGACGACGGGAAGCUCAAGCGCCCCCCCAAGGCGCAGCCGAAGCCCGCGGGCAAGAGCAAGGAUGACACGCAGAUUGAGCUCAUCCUUGCGAACGGCCACAACGGCAAGGUCGCCGUAUUCAUGAGAGCCCUGGGCCGCCCCAAGAAGAAACAGAUUCUCGAGGUCGGCGGCGAGAACGCACGUGAGCGGGCUACGACGAUCAUCGACAUGAUUAGGACGCAGGUGAUGGACAUCGUCGGAUCUGUCAACGACCCCGCCAAGGUCUCGGAUGAGGACAUGAAGGCCGUGAGGGCGAUCGCCAAGGCGGCGCGCGACGGGGGCCUGCUGACGGCGCUGCUGACGGGCCUGCUGAUGACGGGCGUGCUGCUGACGGACCUGCUGCUGACGGGCCUGCUGCUGACGGGCCUGCUGGCGGGCCUGCUGACGGGCCUGAUGACGGGCCUGAUGACGGGCCUGCUGACGGGCCCGCUGACGGGCCUGCUGACGGCGGUGAGUGAAGGGCCUGGCGACGGCGGCGGCUGGGUCGCAGACUCGUAG